AUGCCAAGCGACGGUUCACGCAAGAGCGUCAGGUUCGGUGAGGACACCUCCCGGAGUGGGUCCUCCCGUUCCUCGACUUUGAGGAGUGAUUCAGGCGCUGGUUCGUCGAGCACAGGUUCCAGCUACUCAGGGACAGCAUAUCCUGAUCGUUACACAGACUCCCUGUACGAGAAACAGGCUCUACAGCAGGCACUUCAAGAUGCUGUAAAGCAGAUCGAUGUCUGGAAGGCGAAAGUCCAGGAAGCCGAGAGGCAAUCUAUGAAGAAGCUCAUGGAAAAGGAUGCACACCUGCAAGCCUUGGAUAAUAGAUGCGCCAACCUGGAGGAUGAGAAGAAGGAGCUUCAGCGCGACAAGAAGAAGCUCAGGGACGCGAACAAAGUCCUGGAGGAAGACAAUGAGGACCUCAGGAAAAACAACGAAAAGCUUCAAAAGAAGCUCCGGGACUCCGAAGCCCAGCCAGCUACAGCAGCCUCUCCUAAAAGCAGCAAGCCGCACCGAAGCGAGAGCAAGAGGUCCAAGGAGUCAGACGUCGACCAGCAGAAGGGCCGCCUCAAGGAGCGCUUCGAACGCAGCAGUGAGACCGGCUCGAGCGAUGCCAGCUCCACCAAGCGAUCAAGCUCCAAAGCUCCCAAGAGCAGCCGCCGCAUGAGCAGUGCUUCCUACGCCGAGAGGCCAUAUAUUGAGCCAUACGGGGCCGCAGUUCCACGUCCCAAGAUCGUGAUACCAACACCAACGCAAAGUACGACCAGCGGCGGACGCCGUUUUGACGGCCCCGUCGCGAUCUCCAAGACUGGGCAGCCAGCAGUCGCUCAAUACCAAGAUCCGGCUUACUCUUCAACACCUCGCAGUACCGGCAUGGAGCGACCUACUGUGUUUUACUCGUACGAUGGGGUCACAUCUCCGUCACACGUUAGCUACGAGAAUGGAAACUACUACCCUCACCCUCUACCAUCCCCACGAAGGUAG